AUGGAUAUCGCAACAGGUCCCGAGUCCUUGGAAAGGUGCUUUACGCGGGGCCAGUCGGACUGCUCAAAGAUGCUGGACGGUAUUAAAAUGGAAGACCACCCUCUGCGCUCGGGUCCGGCCACGUUAGGAGUGCUGCUGGGGUCGGACUGCCAGCACCAGGCCGUCUGCGAGGGCUGCCAGCGGCCCAUCUCGGACCGGUUCCUGAUGCGGGUGAACGAGUCCUCCUGGCACGAGGAGUGCCUGCAGUGCGCGGCGUGUCAGCAAGCCCUCACCACCAGCUGCUACUUCCGGGACCGAAAGCUCUACUGCAAGCAGGACUACCAACAGCUGUUUGCUGCUAAGUGCAGUGGCUGCAUGGAAAAGAUUGCCCCAACAGAAUUUGUGAUGAGAGCCCUGGAAUGUGUUUACCACUUAAGCUGCUUCUGCUGCUGCGUUUGCGAACGACAGCUGAGGAAAGGGGAUGAAUUUGUUCUUAAGGAAGGGCAGUUGCUCUGCAAAAGUGACUAUGAAAAAGAGAAAGACUUGUUGAGCUCAGUCAGCCCAGACGACUCAGACUCAGUUAAAAGUGAUGAUGAAGAUGGAGAUGUUAAGCCCACCAAAGGACAAGUAACCCAAGGAAAAGGAAGUGAUGAUGGGAAGGACCCAAGAAGACCUAAACGACCAAGGACAAUACUUACUACGCAGCAGAGACGAGCAUUCAAAGCAUCCUUUGAAGUGUCUUCCAAGCCCUGUAGGAAGGUCAGAGAAACACUAGCAGCUGAAACAGGACUCAGUGUGCGAGUUGUCCAGGUCUGGUUUCAAAACCAAAGAGCAAAGAUGAAAAAGCUAGCACGAAGGCAUCAGCAGCAGCAGGAGCAACAAAACUCGCAGCGACUAGGGCAAGGUAGGGAAUUUGCAGUGAAGGCAAAGCAAGGGGAAAAGAAUCUGCAAGAAGUAAUGUCCAACCGAAUGGAAGGGAUGAUGACAUCUUACACACCACUUGCACCACCACAGCAGCAGAUUGUAGCAAUGGAUCAAAGCAGUUAUGGCACAGACCCAUUUCAGCAGGGUCUUACCCCUCCACAAAUGCCAGGAAACGACUCCAUUUUUCAUGAUAUCGACAGUGAUACCUCUUUAACUAGCUUGAGCGACUGUUUUCUUGCCUCUUCCGAAGUUAACUCCAUGCAGGCUAGAGUAGGAAACCCCAUUGACAGGCUGUACUCUAUGCAGAGCUCGUAUUUCGCCUCAUGA